AUGAAGCUCGAUAGUGAAAAUGGCGAAGGACUCCUGGAAGAUACGGAUAUCAGUGGUCGUCGUCAAUGGAUGACGCCUAAAACGAAAGAAAUGCUCCAGGCUAUUCUUAGUGAGAAGCGAAAGAUCCAAGUAAGACAUUUUAUUAAACUUUCUUGCGCUCAUGGUGAACAAGACUGCAUAUAGCCAGACUACAAAAUCUCAAGGACACACUGGC